AUUGAAAAAAAAAACAAAAGGCCCUCGCAUUCAUACAAUAAGUUGUUUUCUUCUAAGGAUACAAUAAGUAGUUAAAAUAAUAGCAAAUGUAAACAAAAAGAAGUUGCAUUUUCGUAAUUUAAAGAAGAAGAAAGGGGGCACUCUCGGAUUUGCAAAUCAUCUAUGCAGACGACUAUGUUUGAAUAGAAUGAAAUAUCAGUCGAUUCCUUAUAAACCGACUGCCAGCUUAGAAGCAGAGUAAACAGAACAACCAUGGAGGAUCAUCCUUCUCAAGACGAAUCCAAAGAGGUCAAAACCCUAGUCUCAUUUUACUCUCACUAUCUAUGGAACCGAUUCUCUACUAUACUUCCUUCCUUCUACUCCAAUCUUCUCGGGAAAAUCUCCAAUCUCCGCCGCCGAACAGCCCGUGCUUCUUCUCGCAGACGCAGGCCUUGCCUCCCUCUCCCCUUGCCCUCAUACUCCCCUGAAUCUUCUCUGGUCGUGAAAGAGGCUUCCGUGGUAUAUGAGGUGUUGGAGGAUAUAAUGGGCCACAUCUUAGUAAAUUUGCAUAAUGUGGAAAAGAAUUUGCGAUUUUGGCAAUCUAGAGCAGAGGGUUCCAAUUCUCGCAAAUUAUACUUCAUGAUCUUCGAGAGAGGGCCUCGUGCUUUCAUUGAUGGAACAGUUCAGUUGGUGCAAGAAUAUAUUGCUGAUGGUCCUUCAAUGAGCCAAUGUGCAUCUGCUUAUAUAUCUGAGAGGCUGGCUGUUUUAACGACAUUAAGACGUGUGCUUGCUACAUUCUUGGCUGAGGUUUACAUGGAAGUUGAUAGAUGUGGAGAAGAGUUGGUGAAGGAUCCAGAAAAGUCAUUCCCCUCGUUGCUAGUUAAUGUUGACAGUUUAUUCUCCAAUUUGGAGGCAUCAAUUGGCCAUCUACAUGCAGCGCGCGGGGCUGAUUCUUCUGUUGGUGGAAGCUACUCGUUCCCUUUACUAUUUGAUACACUUCCAGAAGUUAAUCAAGGAGGCUCUCAGUGGACCAAAUGUGAAAUUGCAGAUGCCAUCAACUUGGUUAAUAAAAAUAUACAGAAAUUGGACUCCUACUUAUCUAUUAUAGUUGCCAAACACCAAAAGCCAAAGAAAGUAACACAGUACUGGAUUCGUUACACAUGUGGUGCAGUCGGCCUAUCUGUUUGUUCCAUGUGGCUCCUAAGGCAUAGUCGUUUGAUGGGAAGUCCUGAUAUUGACAAUUGGAUUCGUGGUGCAAAGGACUCAACUGUUAGCUUCUUUAAUGAACAUGUGGAGCAACCGCUUUUGUCUAUUAGAGAUGAACUUUUUGAGACAUUUAGGAAGAGAGACAAAGGAGUGAUGGAGUUAGAAGAAGUGCAGCUGACUGCAAAUUCUUUGCACAGAAUGUUAUUGACUUUUAGCGAGCAGACGAAAGGACAAAAGUUUCCAGAGAAUGCAUCAGAUCAGGAAAUGCUUGAAAUAGUUAUGGCAAGGUAUGAAAAAGAACUUAUGCACCCUAUUCAAAAUCUUCUAAGUGGGGAGCUUGCCCGUGCUCUGCUCAUCCAGGUUCAGAAGUUAAAACUAGACAUUGAGACGGCAAUGCUUGAACUGGAUCAGAUUCUCAAGGCAAAUGAAAUCAACUUUGCUAUUCUAGCUGCCUUGCCAGCAUUUUUUAUUUCUAUUGUUCUGCUGAUGUUAGUCCGUGCAUGGUUCAAACAGGAUACUAAAGCAGAAGGAAGAGGAAGGAUUGCUCGGCGCCAAAGGAGGCUAAUCUUAGUGGAAGUUGAAAAAAAGAUUUUGCAGUACCAAACAUUUGUUGACCAAGGACUGGAAAAGGAGUCACAAUGCAUGUUUGGAUUGAUGUUAUCCAGCUUGGAUCGCCUGUUUCAUGCUGUUGAGAGGCAUGCAAAAGCAACUGGUGAAUGGCGAUGUUUGAGGCAGGAUAUUAUUGAUCUGGGAAAACCCAGCCUUCAAACUACGUAUAAGCUUGUAGUGACAUCACGAAUGGAGCGUGUCUACGAGUGCUUGCUUCCUUCCUUAAAGCAGCAAUAGCAUUUUUUUUCUUUCAUCUCAUGUGUUACUACUAGCAAUCUAUCCUGGAAAAAAAUUAUGAAAAAGGAGAAACAUCCUCUCUUCAUUUUGAUUUAUGCUUCAAUUUUGCAAGCAGCCCGGAGCAUCUCAAGUCAUGUGGUCGCUUUGAAUAGUAAUGAUUUUGAGAUUUGAGUUCACUUUUUUUUUGACAUUUUGCUUUACUUAUUCACAUCAACAAUUCGUGAGCUUGUAUUCUGGGGUAAACUUGAUCUUUUUUACACCAAUUCAUUUUGUGAUUUAAAGAAAUUUCAGCAUUCUA